AUAGAAUCAGGGUGGGUUAAUUGCGUUGUCAUCAAAUUGAAUCGUGAAAUUGGUUUGCGAGUCUGAAAGGCCUACAAAAAAAAUCACCAGUAAUGAAUUGCCUGAGACAAAUAUUAACAGUUUACACACACUGUAAUAGAGCAACUCCUGAUAUUAUCGAAAUUUGUCAGUCAUUAGCACCCCCAGACCUAUUUAUUCCUGACUGUGUAUUCAAAAGCUGAAGUCAAUCCUUUCUGAUUACAAGGGCAGAAUGUGCACACUUAUAGGUCCAUUCUUUGCCGCCUCUUGAGACAAAAAACCCCUCCUGUUUACUCGGUUAUAAAUGCUACUACUGAAUUGCCCGAAACAAUUAAGUGCGUUGGAAGAAUAAGUAUUAUCUUACAAAAAAAGAGCAAUCAUUUGGCAUGCGAAACAAAUCUAUAAUCUAAACUACACUGUUGGUGACUUUAUUUGUUUAUUCUAAAUAAUGGACGUUACCAGAAUGUAUUUUUGCCGAAUGUUGCCCCUCUGGUAACUGCUGAGAUCUGUAUUUGUAAUAUUGUGGCAAAGACGACCCGAACAGCGCUCAGGGAGCAGUCCCGCAAUAGAGAGCGGUGAGCUUUGCUUAGUAACGUGAGUGCAUUGGAUUCAGUUUUGAAGAACUCGGAGAAGAAAGAGACCGCUUUGAACAAAGAAAGCUUGAAAGGAAAAGGCCGGCACUUUUGUCCUUUUGUACAUGGCAUUGUUUUACGAGACUUAUAAAAUGCUUUUAAGAUGGUACAGUUGGAAGUAAGGCUGGAGUGCGCUGUUUUACUUUGUGAAAUAAUAAUAGGACAGUUCGCUUUUGCACAGGAUAUUUACGUAGAUAUCCACUCAUAGCAAGUUAACACCCAGAGAUCAAGGCAUCCGUAUUACCAGGAGCUCUGCCCAUCACAGCAAAAAUAUUUCCCCAGCUCGGGCAAAUUUCUGCCACUUUUCAAAGUGCUAAUGUCCAGUGAAACUUCUUGGGGCAGGUUUUUGCUCGCCGUUCUGCAGCAGUGCAACCCGUUUGAGUUUAAACAUCUCUCAAAGUUAAAAGGCUGAAGGCGGCGCCACAAACGGCAGGAACAACCCCCUUUUCUUUAUGAUUGCUCCCCCUUCCCCAACCACAAAACUCGACCCUUUUGACAGGAACCUGAAAACCUCACUGAUUUUGUGAAAACAAAACACAAUAUCCGUGCCAUUUGACUCAUCCUUUUUUUCUCUCUCUCUCUCACACACACACACAAGCUCCCUCUCUGCCCUUGUUCAGUGUCACUUCAGGCGAGGGAACACACAUUGUUGAGCCAGUGUUGACAGGUCUGGCAGUAUUUGGCUUCUCUCGAGUCGGGUUAUUUCCUUUCCCAUUCCUCAGCACCUCUCUCUCACACACACACAUAUAUAUUUAUAACGGUGUUUAAUCACUCAUUCCUCAGAAAGUCCGCCUUCUCUGUCGACCCUCUCCUCCCAUGCCGGGGGAUGGAUGCUGCUGCCGGAUGGAGCUGGCCAUGAGGAGGACCACGGCCAGAGUGCUGGCAGUAGUUGCCCUCCUGGCCAGCAGCGGGCUCUGGCACUGGGCUAGCCCGGCUCGCUCGCCCAGCGCCCCCGGCGGCUGUCUGCUGGGCUCGGGCACCUUGGCUGACUCGAAGCGGCCUCACGGCGUCACCGAGUCCGGCCACAGGUGCCUCGACUGGAGCCGGAUCCCGAAGAUCGCCGAGAGGUUCCCGAACAAAGGGCUGGGCGAUCACGCCUUCUGCCGCAAUCCGGACGGACGCCGGAAACCCUGGUGUUUUAUCCGAAACCAGCGCGGACGGAUCGACUGGGCUUAUUGCAACUGCAGACACGGUGGGUACUGGCACUGCCGCUUGAGACAAGGUUUAGUCAGAUUGCAAGAAGGUGUACAUCCACAUGAAGGUCGUGUUGAAGUUUAUGUGAAUGGAAGAUGGGGACUAAUAUGCAACAAGAACUGGGACAAUCGGGAUGCAUCAGUUGUUUGCCGACAGCUUGGAUAUGGUGAAAGUGGAAAUGCUGGACAAGUACUUGUUUCUGGAUUGGUACUAAUUCAUUGGAGUAACGUUCAGUGCCGAGGUGAUGAACACAAUUUAUUUGAGUGUGUGAAGGAGACUAGACAGCGUGGGGAUUGUUUUUAUAAACGGGCAGCAUCAGUUACAUGCAAUCCCCCCAAAGCACCUGUAUUUGUUCCAAUUCGAUUGGUUGGAGGGAGUUCUGAAUAUGAAGGCCGUGUGGAAGUCUAUCGUUCAGGUCAGUGGGGAACGGUGUGUGAUGACCACUGGGAUGAAGCUGAUGCUGAAGUUGUCUGCAGGCAACUAGGAAUAAGUAGUCCAGCAAAGGCACAGCCGCUGGCCUAUUUUGGAGAAGGUUCUGGCCCCAUAUUACUGGAUGAUGUGCAGUGCACAGGGAAUGAACUCUCUAUAGACCAGUGUCCCAAGAGCUUAUGGGGUGACCACAACUGUGGGCACAAGGAAGAUGCCGGUGUUUCCUGCAAUCCUCUCAGGAAUGGUGCUGUGCGCCUGGUCGGAGGGAAGGGUAGCCAUGAAGGACGACUUGAGGUGUACUAUGGUGGCGAGUGGGGAACUGUCUGUGAUGAUGGUUGGACAGAGCAGAAUGCUCAAGUUGUUUGCAGGCAACUGGGAUUCAGAUAUGCACAGAAUCCCCCAGAAAGACGGUUUGAAGGAGGCUCUGGGCCGAUUUACUUGGAUGAUGUCCACUGUUCAGGUCAGGAAUCGUCACUGUCUUUUUGCCCAAGAAGCGAAUGGGGAAAGCACGAUUGCAGCCACCACGAGGAUGUGACUGUCAUUUGUACACACAAUGCUGCGAAUGACAUCCAGGGAAUCCUUUUCGGUCCCCCUAUCAGAUUGAUGGAUGGAGAAAAUAAGAAAGAGGGACGUGUUGAAAUUUUUAUCAAGGGCCAGUGGGGAACUAUUUGUGAUGAUGGAUGGACUGAUGAGGAUGCCACUGUUGUCUGCCAUCAGCUGGGAUAUGAGGGCCCAGCUAAGGCAAGAUCACUGGCCUAUUUUGGAGAUGGAGUGGGUCCAAUACACUUGGAUAAUGUGAAAUGUACUGGUUCUGAGGAAAGCUUGUCAGAUUGCAUCAAGCAAGACAUUGGAACACACAACUGUCGACACAGUGAGGAUGCAAGUGUGAUUUGUGACUAUCAGGGCAAAAAACCUGGAAAUCUAGGAAACAUAGGGCCCACAUCUACUCUCUGUGGCUUACGAUUACUGAACCAACGGCAGAAACGGAUCAUUGGUGGGAAAAAUUCUUUACGGGGCGGGUGGCCUUGGCAGGCCGCCAUCCGGCUAAGAACAUCCCAUGGAGAUGGGAGAUUACUGUGCGGUGCCACUCUCAUUGACAGCUGCUGGGUCCUCACUGCGGCUCACUGCUUUAAAAGGUAUGGCAACAGCACAAAAAAUUACAUUGUGCGUGUUGGUGAUUACCAUACAUUAGUACCUGAAGAAUAUGAGGAACGUUUUGAAGUGAAGAGGAUUAUCAUCCAUAAGGGCUACAGGCCUGAUGCUAAUGAUUAUGACAUUGCAUUGGUCAAGCUAGAAGGACAGCAGGAAUAUUGCGCCAAAUUCAGUGCCCAUGUUCUGCCAGUAUGUCUACCACACAGGAGAGAGCAGAUACAAAAAAGAGGUUCAAACUGCUACAUCACUGGAUGGGGUGACACAGGAAGAGCUUAUUCAAAGACCCUGCAGCAAGCUGCCAUCCCGUUGCUUCCAAGAAGGCAUUGUGAGGAGCGCUACAAGCAGAGGUUCACUGGGAGGAUGAUCUGUGCAGGAAACUUAUUGGACCACAAACGAGUAGACAGUUGUCAAGGAGAUAGUGGUGGACCAUUGGUGUGUGAAAAAGCAAGAGGACACUGGGUUGUAUUUGGUGUGACGUCCUGGGGACAUGGCUGUGGUGUAAAGGAUACCCCAGGUGUCUACACAAAAGUCUCUGCCUUUAUACCUUGGAUUAAACGUGUGACUAAACUGUAAGCAACUGGGAUCCAAGAACAUGCCAGGAGAUUUGUGCUGACUCAGCACUUAAUGGAGUCAUCCAAAUUCUGUCUGCAACUACUUUAUUGCAAUGCCAAGAGCACUUCCAUAACUGAAAGACAAAUGCAAAACAAAAAAAACAGGGCUUCUACAAAUAUAAAUUAAGCAACAAAAGAACUGUCCUUCAAAGGGCUGACAGACAUUUUGGGAGAACUGUGCACCGACAACUUUUACUUUGUUUAAAUGUAUUGUACAAUGUAUAGUUAUUUUUGUUUUCCUUCUGUUUUGGUUUUCUGCAUUUUCCUGAACUGGGAAUGCAAUGUCAAAACCAUGGUGCUUAUUUAUUUAUAGUCUUUUUGUAUUCUUUGUCACUCAGUGAUGCCCCAAUACAGAGAGGAGCUAUAAUAUUCCAGACUGUCUGAGGGAUUUUGUGUUAAGUUCAGUAUAAUGUCCGGGUUAGCUUCAAAAGUACAUCAGGGCGACUAUAUUCUGUGCAAUAAAGAGAAAACUGCCUUGCCUCCAUUCACCAUUGCACUACAUGGAGCAGGACAAUGAAUAAACAUGGGACCUUUGGCUUGUUAGAAAGACUUAUUCUUUUAGGUUAACAAAUGAACCAGUGAAAUUUGUGCCAAUGCUCCAAUUAAUGCGGACAGUAUUUAUAUCUGAAAUAAUUGAAAGAAUUGCACUACUUUGUAAUAUGGGAUUUUUAAAACUCAUUUUAACAAAAAAGACACAAGUUUCAGGAGCAACAAAUAGCUGGAAACCAGCAUGAACAAGAAAUUUCAGUCAAAUUGUUGCUUGCCCUGAGAUUCUGUUGAUUACUUGAAAAGUUGUUUAAACCUUUCUGUGAACUACUAGGCAUGAAAAAUAAGAUAUUACUUUGCGAUCAUAUGCAAGCUACAAAUAAAGAUGU